UGACUUCCUCUCGCCCCUUCCAGCCGGCUGCCGCCCCCCGCCGCGAUGGCAGUUGGCGGCUGAAGGAGCCCCAGCGCCCUCCCCUGGACGAGCUAAUGUUACAGUAAUGGAUUCCAAAGAAUUGCUUAACUCGUCAGAUCAAGACGAAACAAGGAAAAAUGCGCUCAUCAGUACCAAAGGAGGGAUCGUGAUGGACUUUCAUCCACCCUUCAGGGGUGGAGCUACUGUACAAGCCCCUGUGUCUACAUCUCCUCUCCCUGCGUCUUCUCAGUCAGAUUCCAAUCAGCAACCUGCUUUGGCUGACUUUUCAAAAGGAUUAGUAAACAAUGUGCCUCAGCCAGACCUUUCCAAGGCAGUAUCGCUCUCAAUGGGACUGUACAUGGGUGAAACGGACGCAAAAGUGAUGGGAAACGACCUUGGAUUUUCGCAGCAGGGCCAAAUCGGCAUCUCUUCUGGAGAAACGGACUUCAGACUCCUGGAAGAAAGUAUUGCGAGCUUGAACAAGUCCUCGAGCCUGGCUGAGGACGCAAAGGGAGCAAUAUCUUCUGAGGUGCCGCUUGAGCCGGAUUUCCCAGGCAUGGCUGGCCGCAAUGUCCCUUUAGAGUCAGGAACUGCAGUCCAAAGCCAGGUUGGUUCAAAUGGUGGCAACUUGAAGUUAUUCUCUGAAGACCAAAGCACCCUGGAUAUUCUCCAGGAUUUAGAAUUGCCGCCGGUAUCGCCUGGCAAAGAGCCCAAUGGGAGCCCGUGGAGGCUUGACCCGUUGCUAGAUGACGGUGGCUUGCUGUCCCCUAUAUCUGCAGAUGAUGCUUUUCUCCUGGAAGGAAAUCUCAGUGAAGACUGCAAGCCUCCUAUUUUAUCUGACACUAAACCUAAAAUUAAUGACCGUGGUGACCUUUUAUCCAGUUCCAAAAUGCCAAUGCCUCAAGUGAAAACAGAAAAGGAAGACUUCAUUGAACUCUGUACUCCUGGGAUAAAGCAAGAAAACAUGGGCCCAAUUUAUUGUCAGGCAAACUUCUCUGGGUCUAAUCUGCUGAGUUCUAAAGUCUCUGCCAUAUCUAUCCAUGGUGUCAGUACCUCUGGGGGACAAAUGUAUCACUAUGAUUUAAAUACUGCAUCGCUCUCUCAGCAGCAGGAUCAGAAACCAAUUUUUAAUAUCAUUCCAUCUCUUCCUGCCGGUUCAGAAAAUUGGAAUAGGUGCCAGGGAUCAGGGGAUGAGACGUUAGUUCCUUUGGGAACACUCAACCUUUCUGGCAGACCUGCUUUCUCUAAUGGCUAUUCAAGCCCUGGAAUGAGAUCAGAUGUAAGCUCUUCUACAUCCACAACCUCAGCAACUACGGGACCACCUCCCAAGCUUUGUCUUGUUUGCUCUGAUGAGGCCUCUGGGUGUCAUUAUGGUGUUCUUACUUGUGGCAGCUGCAAAGUGUUCUUCAAAAGAGCUGUGGAAGGGCAGCACAACUAUCUCUGCGCUGGGAGAAACGAUUGCAUUAUUGACAAAAUUCGGAGGAAAAACUGUCCAGCGUGCCGCUACCGGAAAUGUCUUCAAGCUGGCAUGAACCUCGAAGCUCGAAAAACAAAGAAGAAGAUAAAAGGAAUUCAGCAGACGAACGUAACGGGAACGCGGGAUGCUUCUGAAACGCCUGGAAACAAGAGCGUUGUCCCUGCGUCCCUGCCGCAGCUGAGCCCGACCCUGGUUUCCCUGCUGGAAGUGAUCGAGCCAGAGGUGCUGUACUCGGGCUACGACAGCACGCUGCCGGACUCCAGCUGGCGGAUACUGUCAACUCUCAACAUGUUGGGAGGACGGCAAGUAGUAGCUGCAGUGAAGUGGGCAAAGGCAAUACCAGGUUUCCGAAAUUUACACCUGGAUGACCAAAUGACCCUUCUGCAGUACUCGUGGAUGUUCCUAAUGGCUUUUGCUUUAGGAUGGAGAUCAUAUAAACAAUCAAAUGGAAAUCUCCUGUGCUUUGCACCAGAUCUGAUUAUUAACGAGCAGAGAAUGAAUCUACCCUGUAUGUAUGAACAAUGCAAACAUAUGCUUAUGGUUGCCCGAGAGCUGUCACGGCUUCAAGUCUCAUAUGAAGAGUAUCUCUGCAUGAAAACGUUGCUUCUCCUCUCUACAGUUCCUAAGGAAGGCCUGAAGAGUCAAUCCUUGUUUGAAGAAAUUCGUAUGACAUACAUUAAAGAGCUGGGAAAGGCCAUAGUGAAAAGAGAAGGGAACUCAAGCCAGAACUGGCAGCGAUUUUAUCAACUGACUAAACUGUUGGACUCUAUGCAUGAUGUGGUUGAAAGUCUUCUGAGCUUUUGCUUCCAGACAUUUUUGGAUAAAUCCAUGAGUAUUGAGUUCCCAGAAAUGUUGGCAGAAAUCAUCAGCAAUCAGAUACCAAAAUAUUCAAAUGGAAAUAUCAAGAAGCUCUUAUUUCAUCAAAAGUGACUGCCUUAAUACAAAAGGGUUGCCUUAAGAAAACGUCAAAUGAUCGCUUUUUUUUUUGUAAAGAAAAAACCUACAGAACUUGUUAAUUUUGUCCUUGCAGCGGUGUUCCUUUUGUAAUUAUGCACUACAUGUGGUUUACAGAGGGCCAAGAUUUAGGCUAUAGAAGCAGCGGAUUUCUCAUAUUUGGUAAAUAACUGGGGAGAAAGGAAAGGAAAAUAAAUCUUAUUUGUCAGAAAUUGUAUCUCCCCUCGUGCAACAUCCAUGGAUGCAUCAAAACCACCGGUGACAAGAUCUGAGGCUGUGUUACGAACAUUCUGCUAAUUAAUUUCUGCAGUUGGCUGGAGACAAUUUUCUAGGCUUUUUUUUUUUUU